UUAAAGUUUGAAGUGCUAAAAUGAAUUAAUAAAUCCAUUUUCCGGGAGUUUUCUGCUGGAGCCGUCAGGGUUGCAGUGUGCACACAUAAAACGACUUCAAAUGUAAGUGAGUGAGAGAAGACGAUGGACGACGAGAGAAUUCUGGAACGAGAAAGGUACCAAAUCGAACAGAUUCGCCAGCUCGAGUCCGAGGAGUUGCAGGUAGAGGAAGUCGAUGACGAAUCAUCCGAGGAUGGCGAUACCGCGUUGGGGGAACAAACUGCACCUGGUGAAUUUAAUUAUGACACCUCUUUGGCUGCAUUGCAUUCUUAUCUUGGUGAUGUUGAUGACACACAUAACAGGCCAUCAUUCUUGGAUGGCGGAGCUGUGAUAGUUGUUCCUUUAUUCUAUCUUGAAGGAGUUGUUUUAUUCCCUGAGGCUACACUUCCUUUGCGAGUUAUUCAGUCUAAUUUUAUAGCUGCUGUUGAAAAAGCAUUGCAACGGACUAAUGAUCAUUAUACUAUUGGUGUCAUUCGAGUUCACAGGGAUCCUCAUAAUAGGAGGAUAAAGUUUGCAACGACUGGGACAACUGCUGAGAUUCGGCAAUAUCGGCGGUUGGAAGAUGGUUCAGUGAAUGUUGUUACCCGUGGUCAGCAACGCUUUCGUCUGAGACGCCGUUGGAUGGAUGCUGAUGGAGCACCUUGCGGAGAGAUUCAAAUCAUCCAAGAAGAUGUUCCAUUAAGGACUCCCCGAGAGGCUGUUGGGAGAUUGACACCAUUGAGAAGAUUGCAUGCCUGGGCUGACGUGCCUUUACAGACACAGUCAUUAAAUAAUUCUCUAACUAAGCAUUAUGAGUAUGGAAAUGGGAAUGAUUCAGAUGAGAUGUCAGAGGAAAGUUUUGAAAGUGAAUUAUCGCUCGGAGAGAAAAGACUCCACCAGUCUGCUAUUGUUUCUAUAAUUGGUGAUAAUAUGAUUGAUGAGUCAACAAGCAGUGAUGAUGAGACCCUUGAUCAAGGGCUAGAGGUCCAAUCUGGAAGAUACCACUUACAUGAUUUUGUAGGGUCUUUGCACACAAAACGCAACAAAAAGUCUAUUGAUUCUAGCCAGGGAAUUGGGGAAGGAUCUGCUUCUGAUAUGCCAUCUUGUAAAGGCAAUGGAUCGAGAAAGCAUGUAAUUAGCCAGAUGCGUGAAGUCCCAAGGGCAUUCUGGCCCAACUGGGUUUAUCGGAUGUAUGAUUCAUAUGCUCUUGCUCAGAGGGCAGCAGAUCGGUGGAAACAGAUUGUCAAGGCACCAAAUAUGGAUGCGUUUGUGAUGAAGCCAGAUCUUCUGUCAUUUCAUAUUGCCAGUAAGAUUCCUGUAUCAGAAUCAACAAGGCAGGAGCUUCUGGAUAUUGAUGGAAUUUCCUAUAGGUUGCGACUAGAAAUUGAAUUACUCGAGAAGUUUGAUCGUGUACAGUGCAAGACUUGUUUGACUCUGAUUGCUAGGCGAAGUGAGAUGUUGGUAAUGUCUGGAGAAGGUCCUCUUGGUGCUUAUGUGAAUCCACAUGGUUUUGUGCAUGAGAUAAUGACCCUGCUUAAAGCAAAUGGGUUAGCAGUCAUUGGAAAUCCAGAGAAGGAAUACAGCUGGUUUCCUGGGUAUGCCUGGUCUAUUGCAGAAUGUGUUACUUGUGGAGCUCAGAUGGGGUGGCUUUUUACCGCUACAAAUAAGAAACUGAAGCCUAGAUCGUUUUGGGGCAUUAGGUGUUCCCAAGUUCAUGAUGACAUAAGCUAAUCUUUCUUGAACCCAAUACCACCUUUUGGCGGAUCUGCAGCUGGCAGAGAUAAUGCUUGGUUUGUACAUGGCUUUGGUUGGCUACAAGUCAUUAUAAUGAUUUGGAAUACUAAAGCAGAUUAUCAGUUCUGAAGUCUUAACUUGCAGCAGAACUCCAACCUCUAGUUUUGUUCCAAGAUCAGAUCACAAAGCCCUAGCAAUGUAGUGAGUUUCGAUAAAAGUAUUUGCAGUUAUGUAUGUACACGCCAUGUUAUUCCUCAAGUAGUGAAGUGAUGUCUGCCCCUUUUAUGAUGAAGAGGUGGGGGCAUUACUUUUUGUAUAUCAA